GGAGGGACGCCGUGCGGGACCGUGCGCUCGCGCCUGGCUUUUGUUCCCGGCGUCUGACUUCUGACGGGCAGGAGUGGCUGUGGAGGCGGCGGCGCGCGGCUGGGACCUGGGCCGGCGGCCACGGAGAGCCCUUGGCCCCUCCCGUGUUGGCCAUUUCCUGGGACUUGUGUCCGCAGGGGACUCGGGAGGCAUCCUCCCCCCACCGAUAGCCGCUGGGGAGGGGUCAGCGGCCGUCCUCGCCUGGCCGGACCCGGCUCCCCGCGGGCGGCAGGGGCGGCCAUGCGGCUGCGCGCCCUGACCCCCAGGCCACCGGGAGGGUUCGCGCGCGGAACCCGGUCGCGCCAGCGCCGGCGCCAGCCAGAAGAAUUAACCUCGAGUCUGCACACUUUUAAGAACAAGGCCUUUAAAAAAUCCAAAGUGUGUGGAGUUUGCAAACAAAUUAUUGACGGUCAAGGUAUUUUAUGCCGAGCCUGCAAGUAUUCCUGCCACAAGAAAUGUGAAGCCAAGGCUCCAGGGAGUUCCACACUGUCCAGUUCUCUCUGCCAUGAUAAACCUCUGUGGCUCGUCAUCCUGAGUCCCACCAUGGAGGAGGGCCAUGGGCUGGACCUCACUUACAUCACGGAGCGCAUCAUCGCCGUGUCCUUCCCCGCCGGCUGCUCCGAGGAAUCCUACCUGCACAACCUGCAGGAGGUCACGCGCAUGCUCAAGUCCAAGCAUGGGGACAACUACCUGGUAUUGAAUCUUUCAGAAAAGAGAUAUGACCUUACAAAGCUUAACCCAAAGAUCAUGGAUGUGGGCUGGCCGGAGCACCACGCACUGCCCCUGGAUAAGAUGUGUACCAUAUGCAAGGCACAGGAGUCCUGGCUGAACAGCAACCCCCAGCAUGUGGUCGUCAUUCACUGCAGGGGCGGGAAAGGAUGCAUAGGAGUGGUCAUAUCAUCCUACAUGCAUUUCACCAACAUCUCAGCCAGCGCCGACCAGGCCCUUGACAGGAUUGCAAUGAAGAAGUUUUAUGAUGACAAAGUUUCAGCUUUAAUGCAGCCUUCCCAAAAACGGUACGUUCAGUUCCUCAGUGGGCUCCCGUCCGGAUCGGUGAAAAUGAAUGCCUCUCCCCUGUUCCUGCAUUUUGUCAUCCUCCACGGCACCCCCAACUUCGACACAGGUGGAGUGUGCCGGCCCUUUCUGAAGCUCUACCAAGCCAUGCAGCCUGUGUACACCUCCGGGAUCUACAACAUUGGCCCAGAAAACCCCAGCAGGAUCUGCAUCAUCAUCGAGCCGGCCCAGCUUCUGAAGGGAGAUGUCAUGGUGAAAUGCUACCACAAGAAGUACCGCUCGGCCACCCGUGAUGUCAUUUUCCACCUGCAGUUUCACACUGGGGCUGUGCAGGGCUACGGGCUGGUGUUUGGGAAGGAGGAUCUGGACAAUGCCAGCAAAGAUGACCGUUUUCCUGACUAUGGGAAGGUUGAAUUAGUCUUCUCUGCCACGCCUGAGAAGAUUCAAGGGUCCGAACACUUGUACAACGACCACAGUGUGAUUGUGGACUACAACACAACAGACCCACUGAUAUGCUGGGACUCGUACGAGAACCUCAGUGCAGAUGGAGAAGGCCUUGUGGGAUGGAAUUUCAACUCAAGGAAUUGUUGCAAUGCAAAUACACCUGGACCAGAGGUGGAGACCCACAGACGGAAUGCUGAUGGCAGCAUCUUCUGAGCCAGUGGUGUGAGCAGGCGGGAGACUGCUGUGGACUGUGUGGUUGGAGGUGGUGGAGCCAUGCAGGUGAUGGUCUGGGCAUCCACUUGGGACUCUGUGUCACCAAGAGUUGGGUCUAGGGGCGAGUAGAGAAGGUCUGGCAUUGCCAUGCAAAGGGUGGAGCCAGUCGGGAGUGGGUGCAUAGGAGUUCUGGAAAGAAACUGAGAAAGACAGGGCAGAGUGGGAAGGACACCCUGGAGAGAGUGGUUCCCAGACAGGAGGGUGAGGAGUCGGAUAGGGCGCCAAGGCAGCCAGGUACACUUUGCAGCCAGAUUCACAGCUUUGUCAUCACUGCUUCCAGGCUUCAUAAAGCAGCAGAGACCCCCUUUAUGGGCAGAGUCACGCCCAGACUCCUCAGGGAUAUAGUGGGUGAGAGUGCAGCCUCCUCCCAGCGCCUGGUUCAUCCCUUGCAGCCUCGAUGAUAUCUGAAGCCCAUGAGCACCCCCAGGGAGAUGGAGGGACAG